AAACGAAGCACACAACACUGUGUGGUAAUGUGUUGAUCUUCGUGUUUAGGUAGGUUCAGAUUUGCCUGAAUGUUUUUCUUAUGCGAUAUGAGGAGCCUAAACUUAUGCCUUAGGAUGCAGUAUGUACACGGAAAAAAAAAUUCAAACAUGGUUAACAUUGAAUUUUAACUGAAGUUUUCCAGGGUUUUGUUUAAUUAUUUAGUGUUGUUGCCUCGGUCAAAGUAUGUCAGUGUAAAGUGUAAAGCAAAAUAAUCGGAUCUGUCGGUGCAAAUCUGUUCCUGAACAAAACUUACAGAUAGUUGAUGGAUGAUAUGCUCAGAUCAAGGGUUCUCAACCACGGACUCCCCCAGAGGGUGUGGAAAGAUCAAUACCCUUUUCUUCAUUGCUGGUUUUGGCUGACUUGAAAACAAAUCAGGUAUUUUUUUUAUUAACAGCGGCAGAUGUCUUUUGUGGUGAAUUAUGUUUGUGUCUAAUUUUUAGCAAGUUAAUUAAAGAAGGAAAACUCCGAUAUUUUAGCCGGAAGAUGGAGCGCCAGAAAUAUUUUGGAAUCGAGAGGGUUUAAAAUCGCUUUCAUAAAACCACACAACGUUAUUGGCAUGGGGCUAAAAUAAGAGGUAUAAAUUGGGUAGGUGCGAAAUGGUGCUCAAUUCGUGCUUUUCCCCCGGGUGCAGCUAUUUCCUUUCCACGGACCUCACUUAACUUAAGCUGUCACGUGAACACUCGCACAACUGAUCCGUCCCUGUUUACUCUUAACAGCCAGCCAGUUAGUCUGGACUUUCUUAUUAUACACUGUAAUUUUUAUAUUUGUGUAUCUAUAUAUAUAUAUAUAUAUAUAUAUAUAUAUUUUUUAUAUAUGUGUAUAUAUAUAUAUAUAUAUAUAUAUAUAUAUAUAUAUAUAUAUAUAUAUACAUAUAAUAUGGAGAAAACGGUGCCCUUCUUAUUUGGGGCUAGCUAUGGGAGUCGCUUAGUCACUUCCUUGUUUGGUCACGUGGUGAGAGUAAGCCAUCACUAGGCUGCUACACACAACAAAAGAUACUCCAUCAGUGCUUCCCCAAUGUCACGUUACUUAAAAAUUUUACCUUUCAAAUAUUCUGGAAUGCACGCGUUUUUUAAAUGAAAUACAUAAAUGUUACAAUAAAUAUACGUCAGUUAUGAUUAAAGGAAGAAAGUUAUUUCAAGAAAAAUUGUGAGCGAUAUUCGAUGGGAACUAUCAAUGCUAUCAUCGGCAGGCUGUUGUUGAGCUCCGUGAUUGCCCAUGACGACAUUUGCGUGUUUUUUAAAUAUUUGUGCAGGAGUCAUUCCCCUUUGUUUAUUUUAUUGUUAAUUUUCAUUGGAUGAAAUGUCGGCAUACCCAUGACGUCAUUUGCGUGUUUAUUCAAUAUUGGUGCGGCGAAUGAAUAUUUUAAUAACCAGUUGGAACAAGAUUUCAUGUGAAUAAUUAACGAAGGUCAACUUUGUCAAGCCAUUGUCUUAAAUUUUCUUUAUCCUUAAGCGGAAACUUAUGCAGACUUAUACCGCUUAAAUUGACUGUUUGAACAGCCAAAAGCCGAACAUUGCUAGGCAUCUUGAAUUUCUAGUUGUAGUGUGUAACGGGCUACUGUUGUCAAGCACUAGUGUGUUGUAUACAGCCUACCGGAAGUCUCACUCGUUUUUACUCUCAUCACGUGACAAAUCAGUCGACUAAGCGACUCCCAUUAGAUAAUUGUAAACAUUGCCAAUUUCAUAUCCAAAUGUAUGAAAAAUCAUUCCGGAAGUCAACUCUAAUAACAGUCGCGUAAUUGACGCCCGGGGCGAGCCAAGACUUUUUCGACCCAUCCCCCCCUUUUCCUCGUAAAUAACGACAACUCUGCAGUAGGCCGAAAACACAACCCCUCCAUAUAAAGAAAAGAAAGUGCCGCCCGGUACGGCCCGCUCCCCCCUCUGCACACCCCCCUUACCUAAGCUAAUGACUAAUAAUCUCUUAUCUGUCUAGAAACUCCGUGGGUCAUGUCAGACCGUUGCGAUCUUGCUGUGCCGAGUAGAGAAAGGAGAGGAGAAACCAACAACAAUAAAUGACUAUGACGAAAUAAUUGAUCGGUUACUUUUAUGGCAGCAGGCUGACUGCAGCUUUAAAUUUGUAAAUGGCAUGUAAAAAAAACAACAAAACAACAUUGUAAGGAAGGAAAUACUUUUAAUAUUAAAGUUUUUGUUGUUGUUUUUGUCUUGAUGUCUUGAAACGUUUAUCUUGUGCACCCCUUAAACUGUAGUUAAGAUAUGGGCCCAACUGUCCAACACAUUGUUUCACUUCAUGAAUACCAUUGGUGACAACAACUGUUCAUCACCAUCAGUGGCCCUACAGACCGUGGACGGGCUCUGUCCUGUUUCAGCAUUUUCUUCCACUCCGUGGCGUACCUAGGUGGGUGCGGGGCGGGGGUGCAGACCGGACGGAUGACAUCAUCUCAAGGGGUGACACCAAAUUGAAAAAUUGCAUAUUUAUAAAUGCACACACUGCUCGGUCUAACUAAAUUUUCAUAAAGGGAUAACCGAUCACACGUACAUUGUCCACACAGGUAACCAGUCUUUAUUAAAAUAUUUAUUAAAAGUUCAAGGUUCAUGAGUCAGAAGCAAGGUGGCCCUAUAAUUAGUUAAGAAAAACAGUGUUUUGCCCAUGAUUCAACGCCGAUUGAAGUGUUCAGUAACUUUCUUAAGUGACAGGAAGUUAUAUUUAUCUUGAUUCUGAGACAGAAAGUAUUCCACUGAUACCAACUACGACGUCGUCAGUAGAUUUUAAGUGCAUGUUACAGUUCUUACAUACAUUUACCCCCUGACUUUUAAUUAAUUUGUUUUUUGUUCUUGUCAUUGUUAUACUGUGGACUUAUUUAACAAGAAGAAAUCCACCGUGAUAGUCGGGGGGAAAAAGGGUGUUGGGGGGCUGACACCAUGAGUUUACCGCAACGGGUGACACAAACCCUAUCAGCUACGCCACUGCUUCCACUCAGACAAAUCCAUGACUUUUCGUCGCCAGGUUAUAUAUUUUUGUUCUGCCCCCCCCCCCCCACAUCUGAUGUAAAUCCGUCUCUACGUCAUCAAUCCGUUGCCUCAGUUUCAGGUCACUCACUGGCUGUUGGGUUUCAGGUCACUCACUGGCUGUUGGGUUUCAAAAAAUCGAUAUCUAAUCAUCAACUGUAAAACCAUUUGAUCGAUGCUUAUUGAGGGAAAUUAAUGAAUUCGUAAAUUAGGAUAAGAAUAAAGACUAUGAUAACCCCCUAUGCGACCUUCGCUUUAUAAUGAUAUAAAAAAUAGUAUGUCUAUCAUUUCUGUCGAUUAUAUUUUCUGUUUCCCUCUUUAUGUCUGAUUACUAAUACCUUUCCUGUAGAUCAUUUCUGAUGUACUUCUCUCUAACUACACUGUACUGCAAACGUCUCUCCUUUUCUAAGAAUUGGUACGUACACCUUUAUCAUGCUUUUAAUUUACCAUUCAGCGCGUUCGUACACUAUUUUAUACGGUUAUCUAUUAGAUAUGAACUAUUUAUGCCGUCAUCAAACCGUCACAAAAAAAGUAAUUAUUUAUGUCCACAGGAAUUACUAGUCCAUGAUGGCGUCCCCAAUAAUUCGACUGACCAACACACCAGCGAUCGCUGACGACCAAGCCAGUGGCCGAAUCUACCAUCACGUCCGAAGACGAGUCCGCCGAGCUUUCAGAGAAGGCCACCGUGGACCCUGAUCGUCUGCUGUAUUCUCGAGUUUUUUACUUUGUCAGAGAGAAUUUGCGCGAUUACCCUUGCUCUUUUAACGUCGGCAGGGCCAACUACAACAUCGACAAAAAAGUGUUCAACCGCGAACGCGUGUGGCCACUGCUGGACAUGUUCAUCAACUGGUCUAAUGUGGUUUCCGAUGUCCAAGUGAACAGCAAAGACGACUCUUGGGUUCCCCUCAUCUGGAGACAACAUUUGAGAGUAAGGGCUUACGUUGAAAUAAAGAGAUUGGAAGAUGCGAGGAAGCUGAUCAACGAAAUUCUUUACAAAACGGGAGGCCAAAAUAUCACCGCCAUGGCCAACCUGGCCGUUUUGCACUUCGUGGAAGGGAAAACGUCGGAUUUUCAGGAUGUUCUGAGACAACUAAACGAACUUCCAAAGUUGAGGUCGUUUCGCCAUUUAAAGGCGGACUCCUUGUGUGAGCAGGCGUUCAUAUUUUAUGAGUACGGCAAGGCCGAUAACAACAUUUCCGGUAUCGAACUUUUGAAGUUCGCGCUGAAGUUUUGGGUUGAGGAUAAGUGCGAGGCUGCCCUCUUGUUGGGAACGCUGUACAGGCGAUGUCUACAUUGGAACACAUACGAGUUCGACAAGGAUAAAAUUGAUUUCUGUGACUUUGCUCAGAAAGCGUACGACAUCUUGAACACAGUGAGAACGGAUCCCGAAGCAAAAGCCACAGUGAAAGCAAAUGCGUUGGUGGAGCUGGCAUUUCUAAAACACGAGAUUUCAACCACUGCCGAUAUCGGCUUGGACGGUUUGGUGUUUGAAGACUCGAUAGAAGAAAUGUGUAAAGAGGCAGUGUCACUCGCGCCGGAGUCGGCAAAAGUGACAGCAAUCGUUGGCCAGCUUUUACGACAAAACCCUCACCUCAAGGACUGGGCAAAAUAUCUUUUGGAGUUGUCUAUUGAUAUCGAACCGUACGCUCGGGCUUACCAUCAUCUGGGGUUGAUUUUGCUAAGAGAAGCGCACGAUUUUGAGCGAACAAAUGGGCCAAAACUUCCAAAUCCUGCACGUGAGCCGUCAGCAAUGACAAUACAGCUUCCGGUGAAUAUCGAAUUUAUUCUGGACAGUCUCUUAGCCGAGGGUGAAAGAAUUCAGCCUUACAGCCGUAAUAACCCUUACAUUCAACAAGCCACGGAGAACCUAAGCAAAUAUUACCAUUGCAGCUCAUUAGAAACAAAUUUACCAACCGCUGUUCGGCUUGGAUACACUUAUAUACAAUGCGGUGCACACCAGUUGGCCUUGGACAUCUUCUUAAAAUUUAACAAGUACAGCAUACGGGAUAUCCCGAGUUCUGUUCUUGCCUACGCUAACAAGAUGGCCGCGUUAUGCCUCCUCUUAAUUGCGGAAACUGAAAUUGACGAAGAAGAAAAGCGCACUAUGAGACGACUGAGUGCCUCGCGGAUCAUCAAGGCAGUGAGUUUUGCGGAUAAUAUUUCACAGGAAACUGCCAAAGACCUAGAGCCGAAGAAAAUCUGGGAAACUCUUGCAAACAUACCCAUGUAUCACGCCAUGCCACUGACGAAAUUCCCGAGGGUUACCACACGAACCGACAUGCAGCGCUUAGCAGACUUCUUCAGGAGGGCCGUUCCCGUCCCACCGCAUAAACUGAAGGAGCUGCGAAAAAAGCCUACUGAAUGAGGUCAUCUUGAACACCGCGGGAACGGAUCCCGAAGCAAAAAGCCACAAUGAAAGCAAAUAAAUUCGUUGGUGGAGCUGGCAUUUCUAAAACACGAGAUUUCAACCACUGCCGGUAUCGGCUUGGACGGUUUGGUGUUUGAAGACUCGAUAGAAGAAAUGUGUAAAGAGGCAGUGUCACCGGCGUCGGCAAAAGUGACAGCGAUCGUUGGCCAGCUUUUAGGACAAAGCCCUCACCCCAAGGACUGGGCAAAAUAUGUUUUGGAGUUGUCUAUUGAUAUCGAACCGUGCCCAAUUGCUUACCAUCAUCUGGGGAUCAUCUGGGGGUAAUCAUUAAACAACAACAACAACUAUAUACUGGAAAGCAUCUGCGCCCCUUUAGUUUAGCAUGUUCUCUAUAACAUAUAAGGUAUUUUUGAGAAUAAGCGCUGAAUAGUAGCGAAUUUAACCGUUGCUUCCUGAACAGACUCUCCGCGAAGCUCAUCUUGCUCCAGUGAUUGUUAUAGAAUCGAGAACCUAUUUCUCUCCCCCCCCCCCUCCCCAAACUCAUCGUCCAUCGGUACCCACCAGCCAACCUUUACCAGUGCAUACCCUUGACAGUAAUAUUCUCAGUCACCCAUUGCGCCCCUACCCCCACCCUCUCAGCCAUCAAACAUAGCUGAUCAACUUUAUCCUGAAUGUUUAAAAAAAAUAUUAUUAGUUAUUCCCUUUCCAUCAAUUUACACAUAUAGGUAAUAAGUAAUUUAAGUCGCAGAGUUUCAGUACAAAUGUAUGUAAAUAUUUAUUAUGAUAAGAAGCCUUUAUUUUGAUGUCAGUGUUGUGUCCUUUUAAUUCAGUCAAUUAGAGAGGAUUAAAAGCCCUCCGCUUACACUUUAUAAGUGGAAGCAGGGACGUCACUUUGGGUAGGGAAAGUGGGGAAUUUGCGCCCCCCCCCCCUGAAUUUGCAGGUUUUAUUUAGUUGUAAGUUAAUAGUUACACUUGGCAACUUGUUAAAAACAAAGUCAACAUUCCCCACCCCUUACUACCCAGGGCUGCUGCUCAGCUGAACUCACCCCCCCCCCUAUUCUCACCCCCACCCUCAAAGUUCUUACUAACUACUUAAUAUUAUUCUAUUUUAUUUUCUUAAAUUUUGUUUUGAGUUAUCUUUUGUAUUUUAAAUCUAAAAAGUGUUUCUAAUGUAAUUUUUGUGUAAUUAUGUUUGUGAAAAGAAUGCCCUAAGUCUGUGAUGCCAAACAUGUUUUCUGUAUUGUGAAAGUAAUAUUAUACUUAUUGUGUGUUGUUUAUUUCUUGUUUUUGGAUUCUUAUAAUGUGUUUUUUGUGUUUUGGCUCUGUGAUAUAAAUACUGUGUGAAAUGUACCUGCUUGUAUGAUUUGUUUAAGUGUAGAUUUUGUAUGUAAAGAUUGUGUUGCAUGUAAGAUAUAAUAAAUGUUGUUCCGUCUCAUCAGCCCCUGACCUGCAGCGUGUACAUUCUGUUCACUCCCACUCCGUCCUUAUAUGGUCUUAAUCAGACUGGUGUCAUUUUGUGAGUCCGUAUGUUAUUUCUUUGUCUUGAUUUUGUAUUUCUUUAAUGUGUGUAUUUUUAAAUGUCUCCCCACCGUUUAUUGUUCCGUAUAUGUUGUGGAGUGCUGUUGCUUGUCUCUUCAUGAAAUGUGUGUAUAUUUUUUUGUUUGUUUUGCGCAUAUGUCUCCUUUUGAUGUAAGUAGUGGGGAAUUUAGAUUGUUUCUGGUGUGCUGUUGUCAAUUUUUACUAAUUAUCCUAAUCUAAUUCACAUGUAAUGGUGUGUAAAUGUAUUUCCCUCUUUCUCUCUACUUUCGAAUGGCUUCUCCUAUAAAUUUGAUUCUAAGCGCUUGUAGUUUUGUUUGUAUGUCUUGUAAAUUCAGUCACCCUCCCCGCUUUUCUAAUUUAGGUUGGAUUGACCUUGUAUGUUUAAUGUUUUAUAUUGUCUCUUGGAAUGUGUAUUGCUUGAUGUGUGAGUUGAUUUGUCAUAAAACUGUUGGUGGAGGCCCUCAUAUGUUCCCCCGUGUAAAUUGUUGUGGGAAUGCCAUAUGUGUUUAUGUUUAUGCUCCUGCCAAAAAUUGUGUGUGCUCAGUGGCGUAGCUAGGGGAGGGGUAGGGGGUCCAAAUUCGAAAGUCCCACCCCCGGCCCUUACUUGAGGGGGGCCCCAAAGGCGUGUCCAAUUUUUUUUUAAACAUUAAAUAACGUCGAAUGUCAAAAUGCAGGGGCCCCUAAAGAGGCCAAGCCCCCCGGGCCCCCAAUCCCUAGCUACGCCACUGUGUGUGCUGUUUAUUUGCAUCGAUCAAUUAUGUUUUUUUUAAAAAAUUGAUUGUUCAAUGUCUUGGAAUGUUUCUCUUUUAGUUUGUGUCUGAUUGUUUGAAAAAUAAAUCCCAAGACUAUCCCAAGACUAUCCCUCCUUGCUAUUCCAAGGGAUUUCUAAUCUAUCUUUCCAGCUACUCAUCCUCAUGAUUUCAGAUUUAUGUUUAUUUUAUACCCACUUCUAUGAAUCAUAGGAACACACCGUUGUUACUAUUCCUAAAUGGAAUUAUAAUCUAUCUUUCCACCUACCUAUUCCAAUGAUUUCAGAUUUACUUAAGUUUACUUCAGACCCACUACCUCUCCCCAACUCUUGACACAUUGGUAUUAUUUUAGAAAUUGAUCUAUCAUCAGUAAGAAAAAUUAUAGUGUCAUCUUUCAUCACCUUACUCGCCAGGGUAUUCCGACCCCUUUAGUACGCCCAUCCCUUCUUACUCUCUCUAGAGUGGGUCCAAUUGAUAAUAGGAUAUAAAGGUAAGGUGAUAAAGGACAUACUUGCCUAACUGAUCUGUUAAUUUUAAUGUCUACUGAAAAUGUUUUGUUUAUUAAAAGAUUAUCGAUUGCCCUGUAUAAAAUUUUAACCCAAUUAAAAAAAUACUACCCUAAUUUUCUGUGAUGUAAUAUUUUGUGUAGUUAUGUGUGGUCUUCCCUAUCAAAUGCUUUUCCUUAGUUAUAAUAUGCAAGUUUGGAUCAUUUUGUCAUUGGAAUAUUGAUUGAGGUAUGUAAUGAAAUGAUUAUCGUAAUGUAUUCCCCUGUCUUUGAUGCUGCAUUGUUGGUUUGCAUGUAUUAGGGCAGUGGUUCUCAACCUUCCUAGUGCCGCGACCCUUUAAUACAGUUUCUCGUGUCGUGGCGACCCCCAGCCACACAAUUAUUUUCGUUGCUACUUCAUAUCUGUAAGGAUAUGUGUUUUCAGAUGGUCUUAGGCGACCCCUGGAAAAGGGUCCCGCAACCCCCAAAGGGGUCGCGACCCACAGGUUGAGAACCGCUGUAUUAGGGUGUUUAAAUGUGGUGUAAAUUAUUGGCUAAUGUUUUUGUGAGAAUUAAACAUUUGGGUCUGUGAUUUUUUAAGCUGUAUUCUGACUGUAUCUUUUUUUUGUGUGUGGUAAAAGUGUGAUGCAUGAAAUAUUCAUUGAGUGUUAAAACUCCUUGUUGUUGUAAGUUUCUUCUAGGGUGGUGUGUAAGAUUGGUCCUAGUGUUGUGAAAAGACAAGUUUUGAAUUUCGUUGCUAGGCCGUCUUGUCUGAGUGUUUGUCUUUGAUCAUGUUGGGCUGAUGUUAUGUUGUCAUCUAAUGUAAUGGUUUUGUCCAUUUCUUGUGUUUAAUUAAUUUUCUUUGUAAUUUUUGUGUAAAUUGUGUGUACUUGACUUGUAGAUCUGAGUCCGCCUGGUCUGUUUGAAAAAGGUGUGUGUAGUUUAAAAAAAAAAUGUUUACUAUCUCUGGAGUGUCAGUGUGUGUUUCCCCCUUGUGUUUCCGUGAUUUGUUCUGUCUCCUUUUUGCAUGAUUUUUUCUAUUGUCCAAUAAAUCUUUGUCUGUUCAGGUGAUUCUAUGUUGUUUGUGAAAACUCUACUCAUAACAUAUGCAACGUUGUACUAGUGUUGUCAGAUGGCUUCUAGUUCUUCUUAUUCUUGUAUGGUGUGGCUGAGCGGAUUGUUGUAAUGGUGUGGCUGAGUGGCUUGUUGAGAUGGUGCGGCUGAGUGGAUUGUUAUGAUGGUGUGGCUGAGUGGAUUGUUGUGAUGGUAUGAAUGAGUGGACUGUUGUGAUGGUGUGAAUGAGUGGAUUGUUGUGAUGGUGUAGUUGAAUGGAUUUUUGUGAUGGUGUAGUUGAGUGGAUUGUUGUGAUGGUGUAGUUGAGUGGAGUGUUGUGAUGGUGUGGCUGAGUGGAUGGUUUUGAUUUUUCUGUUGGUAUGAGUAUUUCUAAUUCCUUUUCGCUUUCUCUGUGUUGUCUGUGUAAGUGUGUUGCAAUGUUAUGUGUCACAUGUCUGAUUGUACAUUUUCAAAGUUCCCAGUGUUGCCCUAUGUUUGUUAUUGGUAGAGUGCUAUAUAUAUAUAUAUUUUUAACCCCUUUGUGAUAUGUAAAGACUAAUGUUCAUGGGAUGUGCUUAUCUUCAUUAAUAGUGACAUUUUUUUUUAGUAUAUAAAAUUUACCAUCUACCAAGGCUUGACUUGGUGUUAAAAGUCUUUCUCGUAAAUCUUGUUUCUCUUCAGUGUUCUGUCCCUCCCUUGUUUUCCGUCCCUCCCUUGUGUAGUGUCCCGUCCCUCCCUUGUGUAGUGUUCCGCCCCUCCCCUGUGUAGUGUUCUGUACUUGUCUACCCUGUUAUAAGUAAUGAUUCAUUCUGACAUUAUCCUCCCGGGGGGGGGGGGGGGGUGGGUCAUAAGGACAUAUGUCCCCGGGGGCCAGACUAUUGGGGGGGGGGGGCGCUAAAUUGGAUUUUAUAGUAUUUAAUAGAUGAAAAAAUUAGCUUCAAAGUUGAGGGGAUGGGGGCAGUGAAUUUUGUCCCUUGGUGCCAACGCUCUAGAUACGUCACUGCCAGUGGUAUAGAGAAGAGGGCGGAUGGGUGGUCUGCCCUGGUUUUUAUCGUGAAAGUGAAUGCGGCCAAAAUCUCAGCCCACUCAGGGUGGCACAGAAACUAAGCAUAGUAUCUAUCGGCACCAAAUUUUGCGAUUUGGGCCAACUAUCGUGUCAUUGUUAUUGAAGGCACUGAUGGCUUUUCCCUAACCAGAAAAUGUGUGAUGAUUUCAAAAUCAAGAGGUGCAUUUUGGAGUAUACCUGAAUUCAGUGUUUUUAUUAGGUUAUUUGAUCCAGGAAGGAGUUUUUCAAAGGUCGGGGAAGGCGUUAUGGUGCCCAGUGACAUACAUAAAUUGAACUCACUCCGGUUGUGGUGCGCCCCAGGGUAAUCAUUUGGUAAAAGCUUCAAUUUAACCCCGUACUAUCACGAUGAUCGGCUUAACGGAAAGUGUGAGCAGAAAUUUAGGAUGCCGAAAGCUCUGGAGCAAAAGCGGGGACAGGGGUCUCUUUACAAUUUUUUUGUUGAUAAAUUCAAAAUGCAGUGUCCCACAUACUUGAAUUCAGAGUUCUUUCAAACAAUUCGGUUGAGGGCAGUCCAGACCUUCCAGUAGCAAACACCAAAAUUAGCGACAGUAACGAUCAGGAACAUAUGUAACUCUUCCUCAACCCAGAAUGAACUAAAUUCGUUCCAGCUGUAGCGCCAUUAAGUAUAUGCUUUAACCCCUUAGCUUAUUCUCCCCAAUAAUUGUAAUUAAACAUAUAAUUCAAGAACAAUGCCUUUUACUUUUAGCUCAUACCUAAAUUUAGUUUUGUAUAAUUCUUUACUUAUUCGGAGAACAACGGAAAAAAUGCUAACAAAAUUUAGAUGUUACUUAACCUUAGAGCCAUCGUGUGGGCCCCGAAAGCCCUACAGCAGCAGGGGUCCUGAGAUAUUUUAGGGCAGGGGUCUCAAACUUAUAACUUAUAGUUAUAGUAUAACUUAAAGGCCAUUUGAGGCCCGCAAUAAAAUUAUAAGAUAUUUUGCGGCCCGCCACAUGACAGCAAAGUUUAGUGAUAAUGCGGCCCGCGCGUUUUCGCCAUUCUCAUGUCUAUAACUCAAAAACCAAAUAAAAUAAUAACAAUAAAAAAUGUAUGCCUUGUCGUGAUGCCCACAAAAGACUCAAAAGGUAAAUUGAGACUCGACAAGAUUCUAAUAAAACACUUCGAAACACUUUCAUGUUUUUAAAAACUCAAACUAAGUAUCCUAAGCGAUGACCCGGAACCGGUAGUAAAAUCAACGUUCUUUUUUAAAAGUAAACAAACAGGUAAUACGUUGUGCCUGUUUCGUUUACUUUCUUCAGUCUUUCUUUGAUUUUGUUGCAUUUUAAUGUUUUUAAAUCUCCAAGUAGCUCGUUUUCCAAUACCAGUUAAUGCAGAUUUAAAUUUAGGUAAUUUUUAUUUUCGGAGUCACACUCACAAUAACACUAAUUAAAUUCUUUACAAGUACUAAACUUUAACACUAUAAUAAUAUAAAGUAAGACUAAAGACAAACACUACUUACUACUAGACUACUAGUACUAGACUACUAACAUUCAUUCAUUAAAUUAUCAGGUUUAACAAUGAACAACACUAACUUUAUACUUAUAACUUUAUUUAAUUAUCUUUAAAUUAAUUAACAGAGCACAGUGAGACAGUAUCAAUUCAUUGACUAAAUUAGUAAUUAAUAGUUAUAGUAAUAGUAAUAGUCUUAAAUAGUAAUAAUAAUAAUAGGCAUAAUAUUAUUAUUAUAAAUUAUAAUCAUAAUAAUUAAUAGUUUAAUAGGUUACAACAAGCAAUGGCAAUAGACUUUGACUUCGAAUAGAAUAACCAUAAUAUAGAUAGACCAUGAUAGGCUACUAAUAUUAGGAAAAUAAUGAAAACUUAAAUAUAAAGAAGUGGCUGUUCUUCGGACCUGGAAAAUAGUCACACGUGAGAGGUUGGGUUUAUUAAAAAAUGUUUUAAAUAUUAUUUUUGCGUUUUUAAGACAAACUUUUGUAUAAAAUGAAAGAUAAGUGAAUGGACUAUAGACUAUAAGUUAAGUAUAAGUUUGUAAACUUACGUCUUCAUUUUAACUAAAGUAAGCUACCACAAAUGACAUUCGAAAAGUAAUUUAGUCUAAAGCGACCCUGGUCUGAACAGCCACAGCCAAAACUUAAAAGUCUAAAAAAAAGCAUUAAAUUUAAUCCUAAAGUUUAAAGUGAAAGUCACUUAAGUAAUUUCAGUAAAGUCUAAGACUAAGUGUACACUGACAAAGUGAAUGUUUUACUGAUUCACUUUGGCUUUGUGCACUCAGUGUACUGUACUGUUAGAAUGCUAGUGGUAUUGUGAGAGUGAGUGAGUGUGACUCAGAUGUGAUUUGGCAAACCUUUUCCCCCUCCUUCCUAUCCCCAACGGCCAACGGACUAUUAUUAAUAAGUUAUUUAUAUAUUAUCAUUCAUUAUUUUUAUUUGAAUUUUUUGGUAAAUUUGGUUUAUACUGUGCACUCAGUAAGUGUUUAUUCUGUUGCCUUGUCAUUUAUUACUUUGGUGAGAGUGCAUUUCUGUUUAUUCAAACACAGAGAGUUCUCCAAACCAUUAUAACCAAACAGUCCAAUUAUUUUAACUUUGUUCUUUGACAUCCAUUUUUUCAUCAGAACAUUUAAUAUUUUUGACACAUUCACAUAGUUAAAUAUUAUGAAUCUUUCCAGGCCCCUGACAAGCCAAAAACACUUAUCAGCCAUGGGUGUGAGUAGGUUUUGGACAUAUAUAAUGAAUACGCAUAGAGAUGCUGUUGUCUCCUAUGUUGAUCUCAUUGAGCUGGCUAAAGGCUACCCCCAGGGAAUGAAAAUUCUGGUGGAUUUUUACUGUUGGGAGCAUUUUAUGACUGAAAGAUUCUGGAAUUCCAUUUGUGAAUUAACAGAGAACAAAUCUUUGAUGUUUGCUGGUGGGGAGUACAAGCUAAUGGACGAAUACAUCAAGAGUUUUAUUCUAAUAUUGCGGAGUGUUAAUAUUGAGUUGGUCUUUUAUCUGGAUGGAGCCAAAGGCAGCGCAUACCAUUCUUCAAAACAAAAACUUCAGACUUGGAAGCGAAGAUAUUUGGAAACACAGAGGAAUUUAAAUAAGUGUUUUCAGUAUUUAAGAGGACAGGUAAGUAUUUCUGCUAUUUAAAAAAAAAAAAAAUGAUGCAUAAAAGUUUUUCAUAUUCAUUGGCCUGAAAUCUAAAAUUUAUUUCUUUUAUUGUGAAUUUUUUAUUAGCAGAGUGAUUGUAUUAGUUUUUAGCCGAGUGAUGGGAUUAGUUUUUAGCCGAGUUACGGGAUUUGUUUUUACCUGAGUGACGGACUUUGUUUUUAGCUGAUGAUUGAAUUAGUUUUUAGCGUACUGACAGAAUUAGUUUUUAGCUUUUUGACAGAAUUAGUUUGAGCUGAGUGACAGAAUUGUUUUUUUGUUUUGUAUUAAAGUGAAUUUAAUGGGAUUUUUAUUAGGAAUCUUGUUGAAUAAACAAAAAUUAAUGUGUUAUAUUUACAACUAUGGAAUUUUAAAACCAAUUAUGAAAGUUAACUUUACUGUAUUGCAUUGCACAUGUUUGUUCCUCUUUUGCAAUAAUCCAGGUACCACUAUCCGGUGUUGUCCUCCGAAGGCUGCCUCGACCUUGCCUGCAAGAAGUCCAGAAUGUGUUGACCCUACAGGAAGCAGGCUGUAAACUUUAUCUACGUGUUUCAGGUUUGGAAUUAAAUUUAAUUGCACAUUUGCGCAUAUAAUCAAAGUUAUAACAAUGCUUGACUGGACAAUAAUUGUAUGCUUGCAGUUAACUAUAAUUUGAACUCAAUUUUAUGUGGGCAGACAAAAUAGGGAAUUAAAUAGUUACCACUCACAUCUACAAAAGGGCAAAUGCUUCUUGGAGUAUGCAAGAAUGCUAACUUUACCCUCUGUGGCAAUAUAGUAAAAUCUUUUGAUGAUAAAUUAGCUGAAUUUUAUUUUAGUGUGACUCCCUUUGUGUGAUACAGAACUGUAUCACCUACCUUUAUCACAACUCACAAAGGCAUUUUCAGUCAAAUAAACCAUUUUUUGUAAAUGAGGUGGUUUUUCAGCAUUAUGAACUCUUUUGCUGGUGAAUUUUUUAAUUUUAAAAAUGUACUUUUUUUUUUUUCAAAGAGCAAAAAAGAGUGAGAGGCUGGAUUUAUUUUAAAAUAUUUAUAAUAUGAUGGUUUGGUUUAUAAGACUAAACUUGGUAUCAAAUGAAAGAUAAUUGAAUGGACUAUAUGUUUGAAACUUAUUUCUUCAGUUUAGAUAAAAUAAGUAACAGAAAAGAAUCAUAAAAUUUGAAAACAUAUGUAAAAUCAUUUUUUCCCCAAACCCUAUGAUGUACGCAUAGCUCAUCUUCACUUCUAUUACUCAAAUCCUCUAAAACUACUGCUAUCGGAAUCAUGUGAUGGAUCUAAAUAUAAAUUAUCUUCACUAUCAAAAGAAAUAGUAUAAAACAAUUGCAAAGCUUUUUGAGCUGUUAAUGGUCUUAGGAAACUUACUCACCUACUAGGGCCUAGGGUAGCCAUGGCAACUGUAGAAAAAAAUAGCAAAAACAAUCAUUAAAAUAAUGCUUCAAAUGACAAAAAAUAAAGUCUUGUUUCGCAUAUAGACUAUGAAGUACCACUCUUCUAUGUAAAAGUUUUAUUAAAAAUUAGCUCUUAAUAAGUUUAACCGAGAAAUAGCAAAGAAACAAACAUGAUAUUGAAACAACACAGAGCGGAUUGAUCUGUGCUUCUUAGAACGGCAGAUGAACACACUGUGCAUUGCACAGCAGCGAAAGAGUUAACAGUGUUUACAAACCAUUCUUUGAUAUCAAAUGAAGACUGUUACCAUUAAAAUAUAGGUUAGAUAAACCUUCAAUCUUUUUAACUCCAUCCUUGGGCCAAUAGUUGCAGAAAUUCAUCUGGAGAAACAUACAUCAUCAAAAAUUCAUUUUGCCAUGCAUUAUUAUGUUUAUAAAAAAAAUAAAUACUUUCAAGAAUCGUUCCUACUGUCUCUCAGAAUUCUUACCUGACUGAAUUGCACCAACUACAAACAAACACAGGUUGUAUCCUGAUUUCUACUCAUUAAACGUAACAUACUCAGAGAGCUGAAUACCAGGUACUUGUCCCUAAGGUCACAACAAUACAGGAUGGACAAACACUCCACCUAUACCUGGCUAGACCACCUGUUUAAAUAACAUGGUGUCAUAAAUGGUUCUCACUGCCCAUGGCUGCAGUCAUUUGUGACACCCUUAGAAGCCGAGCUCCCACCUCGAUUACUCUGACCCAAAGACUUUGCUGACAUAUUAUUGUCCUCCUACAAAGCACCGUCUGAUGUUGAAGGCAUGGGCAAUUUUAUGAUGACCUAAUGGCUACAAAUCAAGUUACUUUUGGUUUCACAAUUCAUCUUUCCCAACACCGUCAGAAAUUAUACCCGAUAACGCGUGACGCCUCCCCUGUACACAUAAACAGAAAGAAGGAUGAGAUGUAUCCGAUUUAAUGUCACCUCAUGUUUCAGAAUGGUUGCUUUGCUAAAGUGCUUCACGUAGAUUACCACUACUUGUCAAGCCAUUCCGCUCUCCUAGGCUUUUUACGCCUACCCCCUUUUUACAUGUUGCAACUUAUUCUGUGACUGCACGCGGUUUUCAAAGAUACAGAAUCAAUUGAAUGUUGUUUGAAAAUAUUUUCACCCUAAAAUGUUUUAGAUCAUAAGUAAUUCUCAAGCUCUGGACAGGCCAUUUAGCUGAUUGCCUGCCACAUUGAAAAAUGUGUGGCUGAAUUAAAUGUAGGUCACUUUUUCCCCCCAUGCAGUUCUAUGUACAAAGUCAGUUGCCAUUUUCUGACUUUAUUAACAAAUUUUUAUAAGUAAAAGUAAAAUACCAUUUUGUAGAGAAAUUAAUUUUCUUUAGGAUAAAGCUAAAACAAAUUUUUUGUUAAUAUUGUUAAAUUAUUAUUUUCAAGAAAAAGGCACGUAAAAAAUUAUAAAAAUGCGCCUGCUUACCUUCAAGUUUUGAAUUAAAAAAAAUAAUUAAUUAUUAUUUACACUUCGGAUAAUUUACAUAAUCACAUCUACAACAAUUUACAUAAUCACAUCUAUAAAAAUUUACAUAAUCACAUCUACAAAAAGUUAGAUAAAGAUUUCUAAAUUUAAACAAAUCAACAAUUGAAUAAACAUAUCUCUAACUUAUUUACAGUAUGGCUUUUGGUAACCUUAUCACUAGUUGCCAUGGAAAAUACUUCACUAUCAUCAAAAAAUAUUUUUGUCAUGUUUUGAGGGUAGUUUAGGUAGUUUUCAUGUCAAAUAGCAUAUUUAUAAUAUUUUUUUAAUUACAUUCUGACUGUCCCCAGUGUUUAUUAAAUUAUCUCCCUGUCUGUAAAUGAAAAUCAUGAACUGAAACAAAAGCAAGAAUAUAAAUAUAUCAUUAGCUUUACUAUGAAAUAAACAGUGAUGCUCACAUCCGAACAUGGCCAUGAUAGAAAAAAAGUUGGGCGCUACCAACGGUUUUAUGGUAGUUAACAGUUAAAAUCAGUUUGCGGGCCACAUGCGUGCCGCUGUUCGGACAGCACUGUGUUAGAUCAUUUGAAUCAUUUGUUUUUAACAUAGAGAUGGUGUAAACUUUAAUUAAAUAGUUUGUUUUCUGGCACAGGUGAGGCAGACUUUACACUGGCCCAACACCUCUUGGCAGAUGAUCAGGCCUUCGGGAUCUUCAGCAAUGACACAGACUUCCUCAUUUUUCCAGACAGUGUGUACAUCUCUCAAGAGCUGUUUGACCUCGAUAAUCAUCUGGGCCUUGGACUCAAGUCUUUUGCUCCGCAAAUUCCAGAGAAGUUAAUCUGUGGGAUCAUACGAACGGACAGCAUUAUGAAAGUGCUAAAUGUAACUCACAUAUAAUAAAAGGGUUUUUACUUUAAAAUGUCUGUGCUCUGGUUUACAACAAUAAUUCAAAUGCUUGAGUGAUGAUGGUUUAAAUUUGUAAAAUUUGAGUCACUAGUCACCCAACGCCAACAUUUCCCCAAAACACCCUGUGUCACCACCUAACACCAACAUUCCCCCAAAACACCUUCUGUCACCAUUUAACACAACAUUCCCCCAAAACACCCUCUGUCACCACCCAACACCAACAUUCCCCCAAAACACUGUGUCUCCAACCAACACCAACAUCCCCCCCCCCAAAUACCCUCUGUCUCAAACCAACACCAACAUUCCCCCAAAACACCCUCUGUCACCACCCAACACCAACAUUCUCCAACCAACACCAACAUCCCCCCCCCCAAAUACCCGCUGUCUCAAACCAACACCAACAUUCCCCCAAAACACCCUCUGUCACCACCCAACACCAACAUACCCCCAACACCCUCUGUCACCACCCAACACCAAAAUUCCCUCAAAAAACACCUUCUGUCACCACCCAACACCAACAUAGCCCCAAAACACCCUCUGUCACCAACCAACACAAACAUUCCCCUAAAACACCCUCUGUCACCACCCAACACCAACAUUCCCCCAAACCACCCCCAACACCAACAUUCCCCCAAAACACUCUCUGUCACUACCCAACACCAACAUUACCCCAAAUACCCUUUAAAACCUUUUAGUGUGCUGAAUUUUGAGCCAUUUCAUUUCAAAAUAUUAUACAAGAAAAAAAAAUGUUUUAAAAUUGUAUAGAACCUGAAAAGGAAAUAAGUAAAACAAAGUAUGGUCAAACAUGAAAAAAGGAAGGCAACAAAACAACGAACGUUUGAAAUACUUUGUUUUACUCAUUACCUUUUUUGCUUACGUGAUUGCAGUCUCUUCCCUUAUUAUAGAACCCAAACAAUCUUGUUGUGCUGUCUGCUACUUUUGUUUGGAUGAUAUCCCUUUCUUUCUCUGCCACUCGCACAGCAACAAUCGGGUGUUACAACAUGCUGAUGGUAACAGCUCUACUCUUUGAUUUAUCUGCCACAAUUGCUUAGUGCUAUCACUUUCACUUGUCUGAUACUCAGCUCUGACUGUCACGGCUCACCCUUUUCUACAGUCCAGUCGGUACCUCAACUACCAUCACUACUGUGCUCCGACUAUAUUCUGCUUCUCUCCGGCUGAGUUCUGAUGUAGUUCCACCCCCCAACUGUCUCCUUUAAGCAGUCCCCGAAUUAGUCAUGGCAUUUCUAGAGAUUCCCUCCCAUGGCCGUAUAUUUCCACACCUGUGCUAGCAACAUGUUCUCCACCCUGGUACUAAGAUUAACUUCACGCUUCCCCAGUCUACAUGGGCAUUUCUCAUCAAACAACCACCCUUCAUUGAUGUCCACUGUCCAUGUUGCAUGCAAUCCGAUGGAUCUACUCACCGGUGAAGGUUUCCUCACACCUCGUACUGCAUGGAAAUUUCUCACUAACUAGCCAUCAGCCUCUGCAUUCCAAUGCCUUUGAUUUAUUACUGUUACCAUCAUGGUCUACUAGCCUGGUCCUGUUGCAAUCCGAUAUAGUAGGACAGGUGGUCAGUGUGUCCGGUUUUCUUACCUGUGACAAUUGUCCACCCACUUGCACAACCCAAGAUGCGACUCUCCACAUUGUCCACCCACUUGCACAACCCAAGAUGCGACUCUCCACAUUGCCCACAAUAUAUUGGAAAGUAAUUUCACCUGUGUGGGAAAAUCAAACUGUAAAAUUUUUCAGGUCAUUCACUAUUCCAGGUUUAUACUAAAAAAAAACAACAAAAAACUUGCGUAAAUUUGCCCAAAAAUGAAUUGUUGUAUAAUUUGUUAUCCAAUGAUUUUCAGUGGGUAUAAGCAUCGUAAUGUUUGAUUACCAUAACUUUUCAUAUAUUUCACAGUUACCUAACCACAAAGCCCUUGUUGAGCUGGCCACCAUCAGUGGGAAUGAUUUCACUCUGCCGUUUCUUGUCACCAAAAAAGUAUUCAGAGAGAAUUACUUGGGGCAGUUUGACAAGAUAGCCUCUCUGAUCAAUGAGAACGGGACAGCAGAUAAUUGUGAAUUCUUUGGAGAGUACAUGGCAAGUAUCAGUGUUUUUGAAACUGAAUUUCGUUAGACUUUGAAAAGUGCGCCAGGAAAUUGUUUAAUGAUUUUGUAAUGUCUUGAAAACAAAGUGAAUAAAAUAUUGACCAACAACCCACCCCACCCCCGCCAGGCCCAUGACAGUAACUUUCAGGAUGCCGUCAAUCAUUCUCGCCAGUUCUACUCCUUGACCCUGGCCGAUGAGGAGGAGCACCAGAAGGGUUACAUCUUCAAUUUGAUAGUUGAUGGCAUCAGGCGAGGGCAACUGCCCAGCACAAUAGUAUCAAUGCACCUUGGGACAUAUUGGCACCGGCAGGUCAGUUUAACAAAGAUUUGGCACCAUCCGGUCAAAUUUACAAACAAUGGCACCAUUAGGUCAACUUUACAAACAAUGGCACCAUUAGGUCAACUUUACAAACAAUGGCACCAUUAGGUCAACUUUACAAACAAUGGCACCAUUAGGUCAAUUUUACAAACAAUGGCCCCAUUAGGUCAAUUUUACAAACAAUGGCACCAUUAGGUCAACUUUACAAACAAUGGCAUCAUUAGGUCAACUUUACAAGCUGAAUGAAUGCAAUUCAAAUAUAAGUUCACCUGUUAAUUUGUUCGUACAGAGAAGAGAUUGUUACUUUUUUGUUUUGUUAUGAGAUUGUUAUGGCUUCAAUAAGAGCAUAAACAUAAAGCUUAUCUCGCUAACCUUGUCAGUAACGUGGUGGAGUUGGAUUAAUAGUCUUUUCAGAAAUAACACUCCAUAUUUUUUGUCAGAUCUUAGAGGAACCAGGACCCCACCUUCCAGGGGCAGAGGAAACAUUGUCAACUCUACGCUCCUAUGUGUACAAGCUUGUACUCCCUCCCGACAGACACGAGAUUGUGGAGAUCGGACGUUCAUCGCAACAGUUGAUGAAUGAGACCCGAGUGUGUUUGCUUUGUGUGUUCCUCAAUGUCAUCUUUGGCAUCCUGUGGCCAUGUAUUGUGAUUUGUUUGCAAUGUGAUGUUGAUGGUGUAGAAUUAGUGGGCAAACAGCCAAAAUCUGAAAAAUUUAACCAAGUUUUUAUCAGGCUGGAUUCAUUAAAGUUAUGUCGGGCUAGGAAGAACUCAACACUGUGAAAGGCAUAAAGUAUGAGGGUAGGCCAGUAGGGCGAAGGUUUAUUUAAUAGAAAAUCAAAGUAAUGAAACAUUUGACAUAAUCUACCAUUAAAGCCCUACUUGCAGGCAUUGCCCAAGAUGCAGAGAAAGUAGAAAGUCCAAAAAACUCAGUGAUUGAGCUGUCCAAGCAUUAUUGAAAUUUGUUUGCAUUCUCUCACACUAAGACAUUUAGUGGGGGCAUACUUUAUCUGAAAGAUAAUGCAGGGUAUGCAGAUUAUGCAGGGUAUUCAGACAAUGCAGGGUAUUCAGAUAAUACAGGGUAUUCAGAUAAUGCAGGGUAUUCAGAUAAUACAGCGUAUUCAGACAAUGCAGGGUAUUCAGAUAAUACAGGGUAUUCAGGUAAUGCAGGGUAUUCAGAUAAUACAGGGUAUUCAGAUAAUGCAGGGUAUUCAGAUAAUACAGGGUAUUCAGAUAAUGCAGGGUAUUCAGAUAAUGCAGGGUAUUUAAAUAAUACAGGGUAUUCAGAUAAUGCAGGGUAUUUAAAUAAUGCAGGGUAUUCAGAUAAUGCAGGGUAUUCAGAUAAUGCAGGGUAUUUAAAUAAUACAGGGUAUUCAGAUAAUGCAGGGUAUUUAAAUAUUGCAGGGUAUUCAGAUAAUGCAGGGUAUUCAGAUAAUGCAGGGUAUUCCCAGACCUGCCAACCCUUCCGAUUUUGUCGGAAUUAUACAGAUUUUUUACCCCUCACUCCGACCUUCCGACAAAGCCAUUUAAAUCCGAUGUUUUGAACUUUAUAAUUUUUCACCUGUCAUAAAAAUCCCGAAGCGACCAAAAAAAUCCCAGAAAAAAAUCGGGUAUGUCAGGAAGUGUUGCAUUUGUUUUUACGAAGUGUCUACAUGUCCGUAGACUGGACGAAUAAGUGAACAAGUUCUCGAGAUAUUCGUCGGGCUACUAUAGAUUUGACCAAAUCACAUGACGAGCCUAACAAAGUCUCACGAGAUAUUUGUCAGUCAGCCUUGUCAUGUGACCGCUAAUUGUUGAUCAGAGUUUACAGCACUUCAUUUCAACAAAUUCAAAAUAGCCUGGACAUUUACAUGAAAUAGAAACUUGUUCAAUUCUACAAAAGAAAUACCGUACUAGAACCAUUGCUGGUACUGAUAUACUUAAUGAACAGUCGGUUAAAAAAUGACAAUGUUUUUAAUAAAGCGUGGCAAGCCCACCGGAUGAUUAUCUCCUGCACUAUUUGUCCGGUGUAGACACUGCCUUGUCUUUAUCGAAGCGAACAGUGAUCUCCAAAUAAUUCUUCAAUCUUCAACUGAUCCGAUGGGCUAAAAAAUAAUUCAGCCUUUUUUUUUUGUUAAAGCUUUUCUUAAUUAAAUGGUUAAAUCUGUAGAAAUUGGUGGGUACAUUAACAAACAUAUAAACAUAUUUUAACUUUAAACAUCACCAAACCCCGCGGCACCAAAAAUCGCGGUCGCAAUAGUGACACAAUUGAAGCUGCCGUUCGGAUUCUGGAAUUCGGCGAUCACUCCGGCCGCACGGCCCACACUGAGGUUUAUUUUAUUUACCACCUUUCUUAUUGAAGGACAUAUUUCUCUAGCCAACUCUGAUUGUUUUAAUGCCAGAGUCAAAGAAAUAUUUCCAGAAUCGCAGAUUGCUAAAAUAUUGUAAAGAAAAAUUACAAUGAAACAAGUGAAAGUUGAUACUCUUUCUAACUUGCUUGUAUGUAAAAAUCAUUUGCUAUGCUAACCUUCAGUUGUCCAAAGAGCUGUUGGACCACUAGGAUCUAGGAAUAUGCUGGAAAACUAAACUCUUAACAGCCUGUGUAAAUAUGUAUAAAGUGGAUCUUCUGUCCUGUACUGUAUACACUUGCUUAUAAACAUUUCCAGUCAGUGGACUCUUCAAAGACAAUGGAGUUAACUUUAUAUUUCUUUAUUUACUAAAAAAGGCUUGUUCUUUAGUUUAUAGAUCUUAAACCAAUGCCCCCCCCCCACCCCCGUGCCACCUCCUUGGGGGGCAGCGCCCUCCUGCAUGCACCCCCCUACAGAUUUUUUUGUUGGCAGGUCUGUAUUCCGAUGAUGCAGGGUAUUUUGGUAAUGCAGGGUAUUCAGAUAAUACCGGUAAUCACACAGUGUAUGGUAUGUAGAUAUUACUGGGUUUUGAGAUAAUGCGGGGUAUUUAGACAUUUUAUGGUAUCCACCCCAUCCUAAUUUUGCAGUCCUGCUCUAACUUCAUUUAUAAAAUAGGACAUCCACAGUGACUGGGGAAUUAAGUGAUGUCAGUGUUAAGAAAUUUCCCCAAAUUUAAAAAGAAAUUAUUUGCGCAUUUAGAGAGGUGAGCAAUGUUUGCUUCUCUGUGUCAUGGUCAUGAACUCUUUGCAGGUAAAGAAAGCAGAAAACGUCAGGAUUCCGUCCCUUGCCCAAGUAAGAAAGAAUUCCUUCUCUGCCAACGUCUGCUUGUUUGAGAUAAUCAUACAGCACCAAGAGCCGCAGGCUAUGAUGAAAGGCAUGUUGUUUUCUUGUUGUUGCCAUGGCAGUCAAACCUGUCCAGAGAUAUGACUACCAGAGGAGUUGCCCAUUUUUUUUCCUCAAGAUAACAAGGACGUGAUUAUGGAUAUGAUCACAACUCCACAUGGACAAAAAAAUACUUGUAUGAUUUUUAAAAAAAUAAUUAUUAUCUCAGCUCAUGAUACCACAGUGGUCAAUAUGGUAAAAUCAAUUAUUAUAUUUCUUUUUGGCGAAAUUAAGCCUUUAUGUCCUAACUAUAAGAUGUUAUUUAGUGUCGAUUUUCUAGAUGAGAAAUCUUACUUCAGUCUAAUUUCCUAACUGGGAAAUCUUACCUAGGUCUAAUUUCCUUACUGGAGGUCUUAUUUUGAGUUCCCCUUUGUUUUCAGGUAGGUCUUAUUUCAAGCUCUAUGGGAUGCGCAUGGGCUUCCUGUGCUACCUGCUGCGCUAUUUCUUGAAGUUGAACUGGCAGCGAAAUCUGUACUUGCACCCCGAAGAGUUUUUUGUGCUGGCGGCAUGGACGAUGGCCUGUCAUGAGCCAAGACGCUUUCAUUUGUUUAAGUUCGUGCCCAGUGUUCGAUGUGUGACGGUGGAAAACUGGUUUCAGGUCAGCUGAGCUUUAAAAUUAUGUCCUGUAUCAGUGCGUGGGGAAAUGAGUGGUUGAUCAAGUAUGUUCAGUGGGGCAUAUUUCAUAUCUUGAAUUCGGUUUGGGGCAGCAGCUGCCUUGAGUUUACCCACCACUGGUGAGGCUUUAAGGGCAGAGUGGUAAUGUCCCAUUAGUUUACCUACCACUGGUGAGGCUUUAAGGGCGGAGUGGUAAUGUCCCAUUAGUUUACUUACCACUGGUGAGGCAUUAAGGGCAGAGUGGUAAUGUCCCAUUAGUUUACUUACCACUGGUGAGGCUUUAAGGGCGGAGUGGUAAUGUCCCAUUAGUUUACUUACCACUGGUGAGGCAUUAAGGGCGGAGUGGUAAUGUCCCAUUAGUUUACUUACCACUGGUGAGGCAUUAAGGGCGGAGUGGUAAUGUCCCAUUAGUUUACUUACCACUGGUGAGGCAUUAAGGGCGGAGUGGUAAUGUCCCAUUAGUUUACUUACCACUGGUGAGGCAUUAAGGGCAGAGUGGUAAUGUCCCAUGAGUUUACCUACCACUGGUGAGGCUUUAAGGGCGGAGUGGUAAUGUCCCAUUAGUUUACUUACCACUGGUGAGGCUUUAAGGGCGGAGUGGUAAUGUCCCAUUAGUUUACUUACCACUGGUGAGGCUUUAAGGGCGGAGUGGUAAUGUCCCAUUAGUUUACUUACCACUGGUGAGGCAUUAAGGGCAGAGUGGUAAUGUCCCAUGAGUUUACCUACCCCUAACCCUAACCGCAGAAUCCAAAAUAUCAAGUUUUUCCACAAAAUCUCAAAUGCAGCAGUGAGGGGUAAGACAGCACAAAUCCCAGUGGAGCAAGAAUUUCAGAAAAAAAAGUUGGAGCUUUAUAAUAAUAAUAAUAGUUUAUUUUAAAAUCAUGCUUCAUGCCCAAAGGCUCGAAGCGCUGUACAAAAAUUAACUAUAUUAAAAGAGAAAUGAAAAACAAUCUAUAUUUUACCACAUCGAAAUACAAAACACAACAAUACAAAAACCACAUACUAGCAUACACAUUCAAGGUCUUUCAUCCCUUGCAACCAUAAACAACACAAGUCAAUAUACAUCUAGGAGACAAUAGCUAGCUGGAAAAAGAUUGUAGACCCUAUCAGGUGUUUUCGAAAUAGAUGUGUUUUCAAAUCAGUUUUGAAGAACUCAAGUGUCUGGCUGUUUCUGAGAGCGACAGGAAUUGGAAUUUCAAAUUGUUGUGCCAGCAAAAGCGAAAGUGCGCCUUCUGUAAGUCUCAAGGCGAACACACGGUAUCGAGAGUUUGCCACUAUCGGAUGAGCGGAGUUGUCUAGUGGGUGCAUAAGGUCAUACCACAAGAAUACUGAUGCCAAAAAUAACUAGGCAGGCAGGCUGGGGGAAACCCUCAAAGAUCAAGAGGUUAGGAAAGACCCCAAAAAACAGCUGUAUUAUAGAGCUAGACACGGAUGUGCUUUAGAUGAGAAAUACCAAAUUGGAAAGAGUUGGCAAAGAUUUCAAAAAAGAAUUGAAAGAGGCAGAGAAGACAAAAAUUUUGUACCCUCAUCAUUUAUGUAUGUAUUAUUCUGAAGUUAUAUUUUAUUAACAAAAAAUAUACAGUUGAAGCAAUCAUUCAAAUGUUCAAUUUAACUACAACUGAACAUACAGCUUAACAUACACUUUUUCUCCUGGAUUUCCCUGACUAUUGUUGGGUAUUUAUUUGGAUUGACCAGUGGUGUUUGCAUGAUUGAUAGCAAUUAUGGGCAGGGGGGGGGAUGUUAAACUUUGUCCUUCUAAGAUACAAUAAGCUUGGACAAUUUAUAAAGUAAAACGAAAAUAUAUCAGAAGUGUAAGGGUUUCAUCAAGCUGUUGUGUUAAUGAUUUAUAUGUAGUAGAUCAUCAAGCCACGCAGUUUUUAUAAUUCUUAACAAUUUAAGUAAAAGUAAAAGAGGCGAUACACAUUUUGAUGUUAAAAAAAAAUUUAAAAAUCCUGCCUUCAGUUUAAAUGAUGACACACAUGCAAUGCACAAGCAUAUAUUUUAGAUCUUCUUUUUACACAGCUGUCUGUUAAUUAAAAAAAAAUCUUACUUAAAUUUUUUUUUUAUUUUUGCGAAUGCAGGCCCUUUACAGGCACGCCUAUGCAUUCCUUGGUAAUGUGCUUGGUAUCGCUCAUGAGUUCCCAACACCCAAGGAACUGUUUUCAGGAGGGACAUUUGUAGCACUGUACAUGUCCUGUUCAAUUCUAGGUAAUGUUUGUCAUCUUUUAUUGACUAAAUUUACAUUUGGGUUUACAAUUUACAAUGUGACAUUUUGUUGGCUUACUGGGCCAUCGCCUGGCUGGGCCAUCACCUGGCUGGACCAUCACCUGGCUGGACCAUGGCCUGGCUGGACCAUCAAUUGGCUUUUCUUGAACAAACAAAAGAAAAAAAUUAAUUUUUCAAGGCAACACAAAAUAAUCACAAAAAUUCAUAAUUAUUUUAUGUGUGCUUACACUCCAACUUUUGCUGCAAUUUUUAAAAAUUAUAAAUGAAUAAAUCCUCAAAGUGGACUGUUAUUAGAACCCCGGAUAUAUUUUCCCAUUGUCAGAAGGAAUACCGCCUAGAAUAUAAAAAAUUUUUAAUUUUUUUUUUUUUGCAUUAAAUUCUAGAUGUUUUUCAAAAUGUUUUUGUCAAAGUUCUAUUGAUGUAGCUUCAUGCUGAAUGAAAUGCUAUUGAUAGCCUUGCUUCAGGAAUAUCAUAAAAAUCUUUAAGUUGUAUCUUUGUGAAAACAAAAUGUUUGUGCAACCAGUACGGUAGAUAUAAUUACAUUUCUUAGCGUUAACUUACCAUCAGGGUUUCAGAACUAGCUCUUUGGGUUAUUUGUUUGUAUAACAGGGUAUUGAUGUGUGGGACUCAUUGUUGUAACAUGGUAUUGAUGUGUAGGACUUAUUGUUGUAACAUGGUAUUGAUGUGUAGGACUUAUUGGUGUAACAGGGUAUUGAUGUGUAGGAGCUAUUGGUGUAACAGUGUAUUGAUGUGUAGGAGCUUUGCUCAGCCAUAGGAAAAUAUUUACUGUGUAGCUUUGUGAGCUUUCAGUUAAGCCCACCCUAAAAUAAUAUCGUCCCACACGCCUGUGAGUCACACAGCACACGGUAUUUAAGAUAGGAGAAAAUCUUUGCAGAAGUUACCUGAAUAUAUUACCUCUGAAGUUAAUCUUGAAUUCUUCUGUAGGAAUCGUAAUGUAACCGCUUGACACUUAUCCACACAUCCAGUUGUUAGUGAAAUAAUUUUUACUACCGAAACUAAUCCACACCUCUAGUUCUUAGUUUGUUAGUGAAAUAAUUUUUACUACUGACACUAAUCCACACAUCCAGUUGUUAGUGAAAUAAUUGUUACUGCUGACACUAAUCCACACAUCCAAUUGUUAGUGAAAUAAUUUGUUACUACUGACACUAAUUCCACACAUCCAGUUGUUAGUGAAAUAAUUGUUACUACUGACACUAAUCCACACAUCCAGUUGUUAGUGAAAUAAUUGUUACUACUGACACUAAUCCACACAUCCAGUUGUUAGUGAAAUAAUUGUUACUGCUGACACUAAUCUACACAUCCAGUUGUUAGUGAAAUAAUUUGUUACUACUGACACUAAUCCACACAUCCAGUUGUUAGUGAAAUAAUUGUUACUGCUGACACUAAUCCACACAUCCAAUUGUUAGUGAAAUAAUUUGUUACUACUGACACUAAUUCCACACAUCCAGUUGUUAGUGAAAUAAUUGUUACUACUGACACUAAUCCACACAUCCAGUUGUUAGUGAAAUAAUUGUUACUACUGACACUAAUCCACACAUCCAGUUAUUAGUGAAAUAAUUGUUACUACUGACACUAAUCAACACAUCCAGUUGUUAGUGAAAUAAUUUGUUACUACUGACACUAAUCCACACAUCCAGUUGUUAGUGAAAUAAUUGUUACUACUGACACUAAUCCACACAUCCAGUUGUUAGUGAAAUAAUUGUUACUACCGACACUAAUCAACACCUCUAGUUCUUAGUUUGUUAGUGAAAUAAUUGUUACUACUGACACUAAUCCACACAUCCAGUUGUUAGUGAAAUAAUUGUUACAACUGACACCAAUCCACACAUCCAGUUGUUAGUGAAAUAAUUUUUACUACUGACACUAAUCCACACAUCCAGUUGUUAGUGAAAUAAUUGUUACUUCUAACACUAAUCCACACAUCCAGUUGUUAGUGAAAUAAUUGUUACUGCUGACACUAAUCCACACAUCCAGUUGUUAGUGAAAUAAUUGUUACUACUGACACCAAUCCACACAUCCAGUUGUUAGUGAAAUAAUUGUUACUACUGACACUAAUCCACACAUCUAGUUCUUAGUUUGUUAGUGAAAUAAUUUGUUACUACUGACACUAAUUCCACACAUCCAGUUGUUAGUGAAAUAAUUGUUACUACUGACACUAAUCCACACAUCCAGUUGUUAGUGAAAUAAUUGUUACUGCUGACACUAAUCUACACAUCUAGUUGUUAGUGAAAUAAUUUGUUACUACUGACACUAAUCCACACAUCCAGUUGUUAGUGAAAUAUUUGUUACUACUGACACUAAUCCACACAUCCAGUUGUUAGUGAAAUAAUUUGUUACUACUGACACUAAUUCCACACAUCCAGUUGUUAGUGAAAUAAUUGUUACUACUGACCCUCAUCCACACAUCCAGUUGUUAGUGAAAUAAUUGUUACUACUGACACUAAUCCACACAUCCAGUUAUUAGUGAAAUAAUUGUUACUACUGACACUAAUUCACACAUCCAGUUGUUAGUGAAAUAAUUUGUUACUACUGACACUAAUCCACACAUCCAGUUGUUAGUGAAAUAAUUGUUACUACUGACACUAAUCCACACAUCCAGUUGUUAGUGAAAUAAUUGUUACUACUGACACUAAUCCACACAUCCAGUUGUUAUUGAAAUAAUUUUUACUACCGACACUAAUCAACACCUCUAGUUCUUAGUUUGUUAGUGAAAUAAUUGUUACUACUGACACUAAUCUACACAUCCAGUUGUUAGUGAAAUAAUUGUUAUUACUGACACUAAUCCACACAACCAGUUGUUAGUGAAAUCAUUUUUACUACUGACACUAAUCCACAUUUCAGAUUUGUAACAUACUUGUUUUAAGUAAUGCAUAUAUCCAUAUGUGAGUAACAUAGUGGUUUAAUCUUAUCAUCCAGCUGUAAAUCAAGAAGCAAGACAAAGGCUCCCAGAAAAUGUAUCUCUUGAGGACUUAAAACAAGUCAAAGGCUUAGUGCAACAGAUAGUCAUGGAUAACCGGCUCAUCCUAAGACAAGUGAUCCAUGGAUUAUUUCCAUUUGAUGGAUGCUGAUUAAGUUGUUUGUGCUUUGACCGACUGGCAACAAGAGACUCUCAAUCAGUUUACAAGACACUGCUAAUUUUGUAUGUGUUCAUUGGAUGCAAAUCCAUUUUUGAAAAAAUAUACAUUUUUGGAUAUAUUUAUUUUAGCCUUCAUUGGCCCAUUGUUUUUAUAGUUCACUUUUCAAGAAUUUUGUUUGUGAUUAUAAAAAUAACAAAACUACUAUGCUUCUGAAAUGAAAUUUAAAUACAAUAUAAAUCUGACAUAACUGAGGGCUUGAGUUGAAAAGAUAUUCCAAACCUCUGUCAUUCAAAGAAGCCAAGCAGGGUGCUGGAUGGCCGAGCGGUGUAAACUGACUCCAUCCCAGUAGCUGGUGGUCUGGAGUUCAAUCCCCACCAGCCCACCAAAGCCAACAUUCCAAGCACCCCGGGUGGAUGGAACUCGGCAGCCUUGUUAGGCAACUCAUCUAAGAGAAGGCAAACUCUGAAUUCAAACCAGGAGCCAAAAAUGAUCAAGAAAUUGACCGUGGGCCCUCAAAUAUGAAAAGAAAAAAAAGAAAGCCUCACAGUUUUUCAUCGUCUAGUCAUUUUUACCCAUUUCCCUUCUUAUGUAUACAUUGUGAUAUAAUGGCUUCAUGGGUUUUACCAACCUCUCUUUUUUUACUUAUGCAGGUAAACUGUUUAAUUUUUAAAAAUAUUAUUGUACAUAGGCUCAGCUUAUUAACUAAAAUUUACUUAAUGCUAGUCUUAACAGCCAAUUUUUACCUAAAUCCAAUGAUAAAAAUUAACUAUUUUAUAUCAAGGGGCUAUUGUAAGUGACAUCACACUUUUUGGGGCCAUCAGUAAGUGAUGUCACAUUUUUGGGACCAGGAAGUGAAGCAAUCAGGCAAAUUAGAGCUAAGCUGCAGCCUCAGCUGUUGACCAGGUGUUAUAUAAAAUGGGUCUACAACAAAUUUGACUUUUUUUUUUCUAUGCCGAGGCCAAAAUUGUGAACAUAAUUUGAAUAAUAUGGACUUUUAUUGCUGCAUACAAAUAAUAUAUUUAUUAUGUUGACAUUUAAAAUAAAAAAUGUAUGUUAAAUAAAGUG